AUGGAGGCCGUGUCGAUGCAGACGAUGGGGCACGCGGCGCAGGUGCUGGGUGACCCGAACGUCGCCGCUCAGUACGAGCAUUCGGGUCGCACAAUGCACGCGUGGGGCAAGCGACGUAUGACGCAGCAGCACCAACAAGUGUCCAGUGCAGGACGAGGAGGCAACAAUCUGCUGCCGUCACUGUCUGCGAUCUCGCUCUCGCAAGUGUCACCGUACGCGAUGGAGCUGGCGGCGCGCAACAGUAUGCCCAAGAAGCGGUCGAGCCUCUCGAAGCGGUCGAAGCAGCUCAUGCACGAGUGGUUUGAACACAACUUGCACCACCCGUACCCGACCGAAGAGGAGAAGGAGUGGCUGGCGCAGGAAGGAGGCAUCACGCUGGAACAAGUCAACAACUGGUUUAUCAACACCCGCGGCCGCAAGUGGAAACCAAUGUUAAACAAGCUCAUGGCCGAGAAGCAGGCCGGUAACUGCAAGCUAUACGACCAAAUGGUGCAGAAGAUUGAGGAGCCCUAUCACAAGUUGUAG